GCGGAAGCGGAAGCGGCUCUGUUUGCCGCCUCUCCCACCGGCCCGAUGAGCUGCAGCGGCUCCGGCGCGGACCCCGAGGCGGCGCCAGCGUCCGCCGCCUCGGCCCCAGGCCCAGCGCCCGCGGUCUCGGGCGGGCCGGGGAGCCGGUGGAGCGGCGCGGGGCUGCUCCGGUGUCGGCGGGCGGCGCGGCGCCCCCGGAGGGGGCGAUGUCUAACGGAGUCUACGUACUGCCGAGCGCGGCCAACGGAGAGGUGAAGCCGGUGGUGUCCAGCACGCCUCUGGUGGACUUCUUGAUGCAGCUGGAGGAUUACACGCCUACGAUCCCAGAUGCAGUGACUGGUUACUACCUGAACCGUGCUGGCUUUGAGGCUUCAGACCCACGCAUAAUUCGGCUUAUCUCCCUGGCUGCCCAGAAAUUCAUCUCAGAUAUUGCCAAUGAUGCCCUACAGCACUGCAAAAUGAAGGGCACAGCCUCGGGUAGCUCCCGGAGCAAGAGCAAGGACCGCAAGUACACUCUAACCAUGGAGGACUUGACCCCUGCCCUCAGCGAGUAUGGCAUCAAUGUGAAGAAGCCGCACUAUUUCACCUGAGCCACGCAACCCAGGUGUCCUUGUCUGUUCCCAUGUCCCCAUACCAGCCUGUUUUCAUAAUAAACUUUAUUGUGACA